AUGGAUGAUAUGAAAACCAAGGGAGUGAAGCCAAAUACCAACACAUACAAUGCCAUGUUCAAAGGCCUUCAGGAGAUAAACUGGUUGGAGAAAGCACUCCAACUUAUGGAUCAAAUGACUGAACAGGCUUGUAAUCCCGAUUAUAUUACUAUGGAAGUUCUUACGGAUUGGCUUUCUGUUGUGAACGAAACAGAAAAAUUAAGAAAUUUUGUGCAAGGGUAUGAAGUGUCUGCUUCAAUUGCAUACACAUUGACUAAAUCAUAUGCUUCGAAAAAAUGUCCACAGGGUCCAUCUUCUAGCAAGAGUGAAUUGCUACCGAUAAUCUUAUGUGUUAAACUAUUAAGUUGUUUUGACAGUUUUGUACAAGUUCCUAUGAAUUAUAUGUUUAGCUAUGAAAAUUCAACAAAAUUUGAUGUUGCUACAGUGGCUCGGGGUUUUCCAGUGUUGGUACAAGACUUGUCUCCUCAGAAAGAAGCCGAUGAUGCAGCAUGA